GAAUAAUCAAACAUAGUUGUAAAUAUUUAACUAUUGAUUUAGUACUAACCCUGUAUAUCAGUCUGUCUAAACUCCUGUAAUGACGUAAUUAUUUGAUAAAUGAUAGAAUGUAUUCAAAUAUAUUUUCAUCAUAAACUCCAUUUGCAUCAUCAAAAGGAAUCACUCAAGAACCUAUAGUAACAGCUAUGGAUCAAAUAAUCGAAGAUAGAAAUAGUGCACAGUUUGGAUAACAUAGCCGACAUAUCUCUUUAAAUUAUCAAUUUGUAGAAAAUGAUUUGAGAAAAGUAGUUGAAAAAAGAAAUUAUGUAGCUUGUAGUAUAUUUUGAUGAUAUUGA